CAGCUCGGUGACGGGUCUCCGAGCAUCGUCAGACCGUCAGACCGCCGCCGACUGAAAGGUUGGAAAUGUCGAUGCUCUAACCCACAUCCUGAUUAAACGCAGGCCCGCUAUCAGUUAGUAAUAUUUUAACUCCGUGUACACGAUGUUUUAAUGAAUAUUUCCGCCUCGUUUGGCUACAGUCGGUGCUAGAACAGCCUUACAUGUUCUGCAUCGUUAGCUCGUUAGCUGUUAGCAUUGAGGCGCUAGCUGUUGCUACAGUGUUUUCUAAUAGCAGGUUAGCGUCCGUUAGCCAAUGUUAGCCUCCCGGUUAGCUUGUCGUGUCAUGGUUAUAUCUGUGAUGCUUGGUGGCUAACGAACACCGUGCUCCGCUCCGUGUCCGCGGAGACAUGGACACACCGGGGAGGACCACACCGGCCGCCCUGGACUUCACCGUUGAAAACGUAGAAAAGGCUCUCCAUCAGCUCUACUAUGAUCCAAACAUAGAAAAUAAGAACCUGGCCCAGAAGUGGCUAAUGCAGGCUCAGGUCUCUCCUCAGGCAUGGCAGUUCUGCUGGGCCCUCCUGAGCCCAGAGAAGGUUCCAGAGAUCCAGUACUUCGGGGCGAGCGCUCUAUAUACAAAGAUCUCUCGUUAUUGGUCGGACAUCCCGUCAGAUCAGUACGAGUCUCUGAAGACUCAGCUUUUCUCUCAGAUCGCCUGCUUCUCCUCUGGCUCCAAGAUGGUUCUGACCCGCCUCUGUGUGGCACUCGCCUCUUUGGCGCUCAACACUAUGCCAGAGGCGUGGCCAGGCGCCGUGGCAGAGAUGGUGCGAGUGUUCCAGGAAGAGGGGGGAGGGGUGGAUGGACGGGCUCGCUGCCUCGCUCUCCUGGAGCUGCUCACUGUCCUGCCAGAGGAGUUCCAGACCAGCAGAUUGCCGCAGUACAGGAAGGGACAGGUUCGGGGGGCUCUGGGCAGAGAGUGGGGAUCGGUGUGUCCAUUGCUGCAGCAGCUGUUGAGGAGGACGGACAGCCCUGGGGCAGUGAAGGCUCGCGUGCUGCGCUGCCUGUCGUCCUGGGUGCUGCUGGAUGUCCCCCUGAACGAGAGCGAGGACCUUGUUCACGACUGCUUCAGCGCACUGCCCGACCCCGAGCUGUUCGACACUGCCGUGGAGGCCAUUGUGAACGCUGUGUCUCAGCCCGACUCCCAGAGAUAUGUGAACACCUUGCUGAAGCUGGUUCCUCAGGUUCUGGCCCUGCAGGAUCAGCUCAGAGAGGCGGUCCAGAGCGGAGACAUGGAGACCUGCCACGGGAUCUGUCGCAUAGCUGUCACGCUGGGAGAGAACCACUCCAGAACUCUGCUGGAGCAGGUGGAUCACUGGCAGAGCUUCCUGGCUUUAGUCAACAUGAUCAUGUUCUGUACAGGGAUCCCCGGUCACUACCCUGUCAACGAGACCACCAGCUCACUCACACUUACCUUCUGGUACACACUACAGGAUGAGAUCAUGUCCUUUGAGUCGGACAAACAGGUGAUCUAUCUGCAGGUGUACAGGCCUGUCUAUUUCCAGCUGGUGGACGUUUUGCUGCAUAAAGCUCAGUUCCCCUCAGACAUAGAGUAUGAGUCCUGGUCUUGUGACGAGAAGGAGCAGUUCAGGAUCUACAGGGUAGACAUCUCGGACACACUAAUGUACGUGUAUGAGAUGUUGGGGGCGGAGCUUCUGAGUAACCUGUACGAAAAACUGGGCAGAUUGCUGACCAAUGAGCAGCCAUCGUCCUGGCAGCACACUGAAGCGUUGCUGUACGGCUUCCAGUCCAUCGCAGAAACCAUCGAUGUAAAUUAUUCUGACGUGAUCCCCGGUCUGAUCGGACUCAUCCCCAGAAUCACCAUCAACAACGUGCAGCUCGCCGACACCGUCAUGUUCACCAUUGGUGCUCUGGCGGAGUGGUUGGCCGAUCACCCGGUGAUGCUCAGCAGUGUGUUGCCUCUGGUGCUGCAGGCUUUAGGGAAUCCGGAUCUUUCUGUUUCUUCCGUUUCUACACUGAAGAAGAUUUGUCGGGAGUGUAAAUAUGACCUCCCUCCAUUCGCCUCCAACAUAGUGGCCGUCUCACAGGAGGUUCUCAUCAAGCAGAUCCACAAGACCAGUCAGUGUAUGUGGUUGAUGCAGGCACUCGGCUUCCUGCUCUCUGCUCUGCCUGUGGAGGAAAUCUUAAGAAACCUGCACUCGCUCAUCACGCCGUACAUCCAGCAGCUGGAGAAACUGGCUGACGAGACGCCAAAUCCGUCCAAUAAGUUAGCAAUCAUCCACAUCCUGGGUCUGCUGUCCAACCUCUUCACCACACUCGACAUCAGCAAGCAGGAUGACGAAUCAGCUGACGGAUCAGCCCCACCUAUUAAGACAUCUCCCCCUCCACCUGGGCCAAACCCGGUGGUGGUUGUUUUACAGCAGGUGUUCGCUCUCAUACAGAGCGUGCUCAGUAAGUGGCUCAACGAUUCGCAGGUAGUGGAGGCGGUGUGUGCGAUCUUUGAGAAGUCAGUGAAAACUCUUCUUCAUGACUUCGCUCCGAUGGUUUCUCAGCUCAGCGACAUGUUGGGACAAAUGUACAGCACCAUCCCUCAAAGCUCUGCCCUCGACCUCACACGACAGAUGGUGCACAUCUUUGCGAGUGAGACGGAUCACUUCCCCCCAAUCAAGGCUCUGUUUGAGCUGGUUACCACGGUAACACUGUCCAUCUUCCAGCAAGGACCCAGGGAUCAUCCUGAUAUUGUUGAUUCAUUUAUGCAACUCCAAGCUCAGGCCCUCAAACGCAAACCAGAUCUGUUUCUAUCUGAGAGUCUGGACGUGAAAGCAGUUUUUCACUGUGGAAUUCUGUCACUCAAGUUUCCUGAAGCUCCGACUGUUAAGUCAACGUGCCUGUUCUUUACUGAGUUGUUGCCUCACUGCUCAGAUGUUCCCCCUUUGGCUCGAGUGGUGCAGGAAGAUGGGAAGCUGCUGAUUACAGCUGUGCUGGAGGGCAUUGGGGGCGGGGCUUCUCGGAGUCUGAUGGAUCAGUUUGCAGAGGUGUUGUUCUGUCUGAACAAACACUGUUUCUCGCUGCUCGCCAUGUGGCUGAAGGAGGCUCUGCAGCCUGCAGGUUUCCCAUCAUCACGUGUCACUACAGAACAGAAGGAGCAUUUCUCUCAGCAGAUUCUCAGAGAGCGUGUGAACAAGAGGAGGGUGAAAGACAUUGUGAAGGAGUUCACACUGCUGUGCAGAGGACUCCACGGGACAGAGUACGCCGCAGAGUACUGACACACCUGAACCACAACUCAGACUGUUAGUGAAGAUCACAUGACCUGAUUGUACUGAACACACCUGGAACCAACAGAUACCCUCGUUUACCCGUUUCUUCCUCUCUCUCCUCUUCAAAGAGCAGCGCUCCCAGCAUGCUGCCCCCUGAAUCUGUCAGUGGUUCCUUGGCUGUUUCCUGGUGAUAGCUUAUGAAAUGGUAGUGGUGUUGUACGUAGCUACUUGACAUAAUUUCAGAAUUAAAUAAGUAUAUAAUUUUAAUGUAAACACAUAUUGACAGAUGGUGUGAAGAAAAGGACCAACAUGAAAAUGUCAAAACAUGUCUGUGACCUUGUUCUUUAUUAUAAAUGCCUUCAGAGUGAACAAAGACUCAGGGCCUGAUUCAAAUAAGGAUUGCCAACUAUUGCGCCCUCUAAAUCUGUGCAAAUGAGUCAAAAGACACUGUCUAAUUCACAAAACGUGUGAAGGGUUAAAUGAUCCCCUAACUGUGCUGCAGAGUAAACUGUGUCUCAUAAAUGAGCCAUUAGUUUCAUUAAAGUUCCCCUGUCCUCCUAGCUCAUCCUCUUAAUGUGGACAACUGAGCUACGCAAGCAUGAGAGUGCAGCUCCGUGCAGAGUAGAGGUGCAGAUAGCUUCUUUCUACAUUCGGACACAAAACGAGAGCAAAAUGCACGGAGCACAGCCACUUUGUGUGUUUGUGUCUGAAUAUCAUUAGAGCUAUAUGCUUUGUGAAUUAGACCUUGAGGUGGAGCAGAUAGAGGGAGAAAAUGAUGAACAAUAGUUGGCGCUAUGAGCUGCUGCGAUCCACUCUUAGUGAAUCAGGCCCUCUGUGUGUCCAUGUGCGCUCCUCCAGCACUCACUCUGUGUUUAUUGUGUGUGUGUGUGUGGGGGGGGGGUUCGGUGUCCUAAGUGACCCUUGGGGUGAGGGGUUCAUGUGACUGAAGCAUUUAUAGCAGCUGAGUGUUUGAAGGAAAAAUUAUCUAUAACCGUGCAAAAAUAUUAAUCAAGAUGUGCAUAUUAACAGUUAUACACCUGUGUCUAUUUGUGUGUGAGUGUGUGAGUGUGUGUGUGAGUGCGUGUGUGUGUGUGUGUGUGUGAGCGUGCGCGUGUGUGUGUGUGCGAGCGUGCGCGUGUGUGUGUCCACCUGUUCAGUGCACUUAUAAUGGACCUACAGUCACAUCCAAAACUUCCCCCAUUCACCUCAUCACAGCAAUCAUUCAUGUAUUGAUCCAUGACUCAUUGAUGGGACUGAUCAGGAGUUCAGUCACAGACUCUUUGAUCUGUUAUUACUCCCUCUUCUGUUUUAACAUGAGACGAUCAAUGAUCAUCAUCAUCACCCUCACUCUGUGUCUCACUUUAUCUCAGUCUAAUCCUUCAGUCUGACCCGCGGUGCCUGCAGACAUGUAGCAUGUGUGUGUUAAUGGGGGGGGUGUCCUGGAACAGUUUGAGUUCAAAGUAUGUCACAAAUUACACAAAGAGGGGAGGGGAGGAGGGUAACGAUAUGUACAUUGUUCUUUUGUACCUCUGCUUUAAUUUAUUAAAUAUAUCAAAUAUA